UCAGCGGUGGGGAUUCUAAAGAUAUUGUGAAAAUAAUUUCACAAUGCUUAAUGAUACAUAACAAUGUUUGCAACAUGCACACAAGUGACAUAGUUUUUGAAAGAUAAGAUUCGAAAUACAAAAAUCAAAUCGUAUCUGUUUGAUCUGAAUGAAGCAACGCACGAUAGAUGAGAUAAAAAUUGAUGAAACACGCAAUAAUUCCAGUAUAUAUUAAACUCUAUUCGACAUCUUUGACCACUCCAGAGUUACGGAACCGGCAGUUCUAUCAUUACCUGCAUUAUUGUCAGUCAAAGAGACUGCAAUCCACGAGUGAAGGAUGGUGCAGACGGUUUGGAUAUGGGGCGCAGUGGUUUUAAUAGCAAGAUUUGCGGCUGGACUUGAAAAUGGCCUUGUCCGAACCCCACCUAUGGGCUGGCUGUCCUGGGAAAGGUUUCGAUGCAAUACAGACUGCAAAAAUGAUCCCGACAAUUGCAUCAGAGAUGGCCUUUUCCGCACAAUGACAGAUAUUGUUAUAGCAGAAGGGUACGCUGCACUUGGAUAUCAGUAUAUCAAUAUCGAUGAUUGUUGGCUCGAAAGGGAGAGAGGUUUUGAUGGUCAGCUUAAGCCUGAUAGACAACGUUUUCCUUAUGGCAUUAAGAAUCUGGCUGAUUAUGUACAUUCCAAGGGAUUGAAAUUUGGCAUUUAUGAAGAUUAUGGUAAUUACACCUGUGGCGGUUAUCCAGGUGUUUUGGGUCACUUAGAAGAAGAUGCUGCACUUAUUGCAUCAUGGGAUGUUGAUUACGUAAAACUAGAUGGUUGCUAUGCCCAUCCAUCAGACAUGGAUAAAGGAUAUUCUGAAUUUGGAUACUACUUGAACCGAACGGGAAGACCUAUGGUAUACUCGUGUAGCUGGCCUGUCUAUCAAACUUUUGCCGGCAUGAAGCCAAACUUCAGUCUUAUAUCGGAUACCUGUAAUCUGUGGAGAAAUUUCGGUGAUAUUCAAGAUUCAUGGGCAAGUAUUGAGAGUAUAAUGGAUUAUUUUGGCGACAACCAAGAUGAAAUUUCACCAAAUGCUGGACCAGGGCACUGGAACGACCCAGACAUGCUGAUAGUCGGUAACUUUGGGCUUAGCUACGAACAAAGUAAAACGCAAAUGGCCUUGUGGGCUAUACUAGCUGCGCCGCUAUUCAUGUCAGUAGAUCUUAGGACAAUUAGACCAGAAUACAAAGCAAUUUUACAAAACAAGAAAAUAAUAGCCGUUGAUCAAGAUCCCUUGGGAAUUCAGGGCCGAAGAAUUUAUAAGCACAAAGGCAUCGAAAUCUGGGCAAGACCUAUUAGUCCAACUUACCAGAACUACUAUUCCUAUGCUAUUGCAUUCAUUAAUCGGCGAACUGACGGUACCCCAUCAGACGUCUCUGUAACGUUGAAGGAACUUGGACUAGCAUAUCCCGCAGGUUACAGAGUAGAGGAUCUAUACGAGGACGUUGAUUAUGGAAUACUGACGCCCCAAACAAAAAUCAAAGUUAAAGUGAACCCCUCGGGAGUUGUAAUUCUACGUGCUGAUGUAGAUUUGGAAACUGCGUACACCCGAAAUAAUUACACCCCCUUUCCGGUUCUGAACCAAGUUUUCAAAGUCAAUCAAAAUAGCUUCCAGUGAUGAAAAACAAUUAAAAAUUAGAUAAUACUAAUUAUUACAAUAUUAGAUCUUAGUUUUCAAGUAGGAAACGUUACCAUGAAUUUAAGAAUAUUUACACCAAGUGAGAUAAAGUUUAUAUACAUAAAUACAUUUUUUAAUUACUCUGAUAUUUUUGUAAUAUUUUAAGUAUCUCCAAUUCGGACCAAAAAACUAUUCCUGAUCUAAUA